AUGACGAGGCUUCCCCCUUGGCUGGACAGCCCUACGCCGUCCUGCACUCCACUCCCAAAGAAGGGCCAGGAGCAGGUGCCUGAGAGGGACUCCUGCGGAGGCGUCAGCCACCCUGGGGCUGAGGCCGUUGGAGGGCAGCGGGCGGGCCCCGGAGGGAAGGAGCACACACAGCUGGUGCAGACGGCACAGGUCCGCGCCCACGUGUACGGGCACCGGGGCCAGCAGAAGCCGGGCCCCGUGACGACUGAGGGCUUUGCUUCCUUGGGAGCCCAGUCCGUGGAGGCUGGUGGCCCCAGCGUGGCCUCCCACCUGAGCUCCCUCGAGGGCUGGGCCAGCACAGGGGCCCAGCCCCAGGAGCGGAGGCACGGGAACAGGAGCUCAGGACGGCCGGGGCCCCGGGGGGCUCAGGCUGCAUCUGAGAAGCGGGGCCCUUCCUGCAACGCAGCCGUGGCCCAGCACAGAGCAGUGACCAGUGAGGGCCAGAUCAGGGUCAGGGAUAGCUCAGAGACAUGCUGGGAGCCGGCAGCAGCUGGCAUGGGGCUCCAGCCUGGGACCCUGUCGCGCCUAAGCAGCCUGCAUGUGGACCCUGCUCCUCCCAGCCCCAGAAUGGUGACAUCUCUUCACCGUGGCUCAAUUCGUGAGCCUUUUUGUUCCGAUGCCGUGGAGGCUGUCUUUGACCUGGACGCGGCAACACAGACCUUGGGCCACCGUGACUGCGUCCCAGGCAGGCAUGAAACCACCCGCCAGGGCAAGGCCAAGGGCAGGGUGGGCCCCGCCAGGCCCCGUGCUGGGGUGAAGACCGCCGGCGGGCCAUCCACCCACAUCGACACCAUCACUCCAAAGGUGCGAGCGUCAUCGGAGACUCAGGCAGGCACCUCCCAAAGCCACAACCCUGCUUCUGCGGAAGCCCCUUCCCGUACCCGCCUGGAGCCGUGGCCUGUCUGCCAGAUGCGGUUACUUGUUAAACCUCAGAUUCACUGGGUACAGAGCCUGGGCCUGUCAUUGGGGGUCCCUGGGCAGAGGAGGCCCAGUACCCUGUACCCCUGGCACCGGGCACCUGCCCCAGGCCGUGUACGAAGAGCCUGGGUUAUCCCCCCCAUCAGUGUAUCCGAGAACCACAAGCGUCUUCCGUACCCCCUGGUGCAGAUCAAGUCCGACAAGCAGCCACUGGGCAGCGUCAUCUACAGCAUCCAGGGCCCCGGUGUGGACGAGGAGCCCCAGGGCGUGUUCUCCAUUGACAAGUUCACGGGGAAGGUGUUCCUGAAUGCCAUGCUGGAUCGGGAGAAGACAGACCGCUUCAGGCUAAGGGCCUUUGCUCUGGACCUGGGAGGAGCCACCCUGGAGGAGCCCACGGACCUGGAGAUCGUGGUUGUGGAUCAGAACGACAACCGGCCCGUCUUCAGGCAGGAGGCGUUCAGCGGCCGGGUGCUGGAGGGAGCAGUGCCAGGCACCUACGUGACCAGGGCCGAAGCCACAGACGCUGAUGACCCGGAAACAGACAACGCGGCCCUGCGGUACUCCAUUCUGGAGCAGGACGGCCCCCAGCUCUUCAGCAUCGAUGAGCACACGGGGGACAUACGCACCGUGCAAGUGGGUCUGGACCGCGAGGUGGUCGCCGUGUACAAUCUGACCCUGCAGGUGGCAGACAUGUCUGGAGAUGGGCUCACCGCCACGGCCUCAGCCAUCAUCACCCUUGAGGAUGUCAAUGACAACGCCCCUGGGUUCACCAGGGACGAGUUCUUCAUGGAGGCCACGGAGGCUGUCAGCGGAGUGGACGUGGGGCGGCUUCAGGUGGAGGACAGGGACCUGCCGGGCUCCCCAAACUGGGCAGCCAGGUUCACCAUCCUGGAGGGCGACCCCAAGGGACAGUUCGCUAUCCGCACAGACCCCAAGACCAACGAGGGCGUGCUGUCUGUGGUGAAGCCCCUGGACUACGAGAGCUGUGAGCAGUACAACCUGAGAGUCGCGGUGCAGAACGAGGCCCCCCUGCAGGCGGCCGCCCCCAGGGCCGAGCGGGGCCAGGCCAGGGUCAGCGUGCGGGUGCAGGACGUCAACGAGGCGCCCGUGUUCCAGGAGAACCCGCUGCGGACCAGCCUGCCUGAGGGGGUGCCCCCGGGAACCCCCGUGGCCACCUUCUCUGCCCAAGACCCUGACACGCAGCGGCUGCAGAGGCUCAGCUACUCUAAGGACUAUGACCCAGACGACUGGCUGCGGGUGGACAGAGCCACGGGUCAGAUCCAGACCCAGCGAGUGCUCAGCCCGGCCUCUCCCUUCCUCAAGGAUGGCUGGUACAGGGCCAUCAUCCUGGCCUACGACGAUGCCUCCCCACCCAGCACGGCCACCGGGACCCUGUCCAUUGAGAUCCUGGAGGUCAAUGACCACGCCCCUGAGCUGUCCCCGCCAUCUGGUAGCGUGUGCAGCAAGCCAGAUCAGGGUUCUGGCCUUCUCCUGGGGGCCACGGAUGCGGACCUGCCCCCCCACGGGGCUCCCUUCCACUUUCAGCUGAGUCCCCGUGUCCCAGAGCUGACCCGGAACUGGAGUGUCAGCCAGGUUAACGUGAGCCACGCGCGCCUGCGGCUCCGGCACCAGGUCCGGGAGGGUCUACACCGCCUCAGCCUGCUGCUCCGAGACUCUGGGCAGCCGCCCCAGCAGCGCGAGCAGCCCCUGAACGUGACGGUGUGUCGCUGCGGCCCGGAUGGUGCCUGUCUGCCGGGGGCCGCUGCCCGGAGGGCAGGAGGCGUGGGCGUCAGCCUGGGCGCCCUGGUCAUCGUGCUGGCCAGCAUCAUCCUGCUGCUCUUGCUCGCCCUGCCGGUCGCCCUCGUCACGCGGUCCCGGCGGCAGUCAGGGGACAAAGGGUUUCUGCACGGACUGCAGGACGAUCUCCGGGACAACAUCCUGAACUAUGACGAGCAGGGGGGCGGGGAGGAGGACCAGGAUGCUUACGACAUCAACCAGCUGCGCCACCCAACAGAGCUGGCGGCCUUGUGCUCUCCCCUGGGACAGCCGCCACUGCGCCGAGAUGCCCCGUUCGGCCGAGUGCGCCCCCAGCCACCCCGCAUGCUGCCCACCAGCCCCGCUGACAUCGCUGACUUCAUCAAUGAUGGCUUGGAGGUGGCAGACAGUGACCCCAGUGUCCCGCCCUAUGACACAGCUCUCAUCUACGACUACGAGGGAGAUGGUUCUGUGGCAGGGACGCUGAGCUCCAUCCUGUCCAGCCUGGGGGACGAGGACCAGGACUACAGCUGCCUGCGGGACUGGGGCCCCCGCUUCGCCCGGCUGGCUGACUUGUACGGGCCCCCGUGAGGGUCGGAAAAGAGCCAGGGAAGGGUGGGGGGCUUUCUGAUGCGGACCCGCGUGCCCUGCUCAGGGUACAACCACCAGACACGGAGGGCAGAUGUCUUUCCCAGGACAGGCAGCCUGGCCUCCAGGCCCGGCUGACCUCUGCAUAGGCAGCCAGGGGGCCCCCCAGGCCCUUGGGCAAGUCUGCUUCUCCCAGGGAGGACAGAGACCGGGGGACCCAGCGCCCGGAGAGCGGAAGCUAGACAAGCCUGGCUUCCAUCAGCCUUCCCUGGGGUCAGAACCCCCACCUCGCCG